CACAACCUCCAACUUCUCCAACUCCCUAACCACCAUCAACAUGUCCCUUUACCAUGAGACGGCGGGGAUAGUCACCGGCCCCUCUACUCAUGGCGGUAGUCUCAAAUCUAGGAUAUAUGGAAAUAAGGACCUCAAAUCACCACCUGCCCAGAUUUAUGCACUGGCAUUUGAAUCGAGUAAAUGGAGCGCCGUCUUGAAGGAAGUGGUUGAGAACUCACAACUGCUCCAAAAAGAGCGAAAAAUCACACCCACACUCUCUAUCCUGCUUGCACAUGAUCUUCUCCUCGCCAAAAAGGGCAUUGCCCUUCCAGCUUCUCACGGACUCCGCCUAUCCGUAGAGAAGCACAAAGCAAGACUCCAAUCCGAAUUCACCAGGGCUAGGAUACGGAGGAAAUGCCCUACGGUUGACGCCUUGAAGGCCGUGAUCGAUGCGCAGUUUGGGCCUGCCCAUCCACGAUGGAUUAGAGUCAACUCGCUCAAGAGCACCGUCGACGAGCAGCUGGACACGACCUUCAAGGGGUUCGAGAUGGUCCCCACUGUCGCCGAGGUCAUGGCGCCGGCCUCGACCGGCAAGAAACUGAUCUGCCUAGACGGAAACGUCCCCAACCUCAUCGCCGCCUCGCCCGGGAUCGACUUCACCAAAACCGAAGCCUACAAAUCCGGCGCCAUCAUCCUCCAGGACAAAGCCUCCUGCUUCCCCGCCUACAUGCUGGACCCGCGCCCCGAAGACGGCGACAUCGUCGACGCGUGCAGCGCGCCCGGCAACAAGACCACCCACCUCGCGGGCAUCCUGCACGAGCGCGGGUUCGCCGGGGGGCAGCGCAUCCUGGCCUUUGAGAAGGACAAGCACCGCGCCAAAACGCUCGCCAAGAUGGUCGGCGCCGCCGGCUCCGACAAGGUCACGAAGAUCCACCCGGGCGCCGACUUCCUCAAGACGGACCCGGACGCCCCCGAGUUCCGGUCCGUCGGCGCCCUCCUGUUAGAUCCGUCCUGCUCGGGGAGUGGUAUUGUCGGGCGAGACGACACGCCCGAGUUUCACGUUCCGGCUGCUGUGGGGGCGGCGAGCAAACCUACGGCUGGUGGUGCGGGUUCUAAGGUUCUCAAGCGGAAACGCGCGCCCGAGGCACCGACUGUGGUUGUGGAUGACGACGGGGCGGAAACAGUCUUGUCUGAGAAGGCGCUGGAGACGCGCCUUGCCGCGCUGGCUUCUUUUCAACUCGCAAUCCUCCUGCACGCCCUAACGUUCCCCCGCGCCACCCGCGUCGCCUACUCCACCUGCUCCACCCACGCCACCGAGAACGAGCACGUCGUGCUCGCCGCCCUGCGCUCCCCUGUCGCGCGCCGGCGCGGCUGGCGCAUCCUUCCGCGCGAGAGGCAGGUCCGCGGGAUGCGGGAGUGGCCUGUUCGUGGGGACUUUUCUGCCUGCGAGGGGGCUGGGGAGGGUGGUGAGGAUGGGGGUGAUAGGGAGGGCGGAGAUGGGGUGGAUGCGGCUGUUGUGGCGGAGGGGUGCGUGCGUGCGGAUAGGGAGGAUGGGAGGGGCGUGAUGGGGUUUUUCGUGGCUUGCUUUGUGCGGGAUGAGGAUAAAGAGGAGGAGGUGGGGGAUGAUGGACCGUUUGUGAGGGAUGCGGAGGGGAGGAUUGUGAGGGGGCCGGAUGGGAUCCCGACUUUGAAGAGUACGGGGAGGAAGGUUGUGGAUUUGGAGGGGUUGGAGGGGGAGGGGGAGGCGGUGGAGGUGAGGUUUGGGGAGGAUGGGGAUGACGAUGGGCCGUUUGAGAGGGAUGCCGAGGGGAGGAUUGUGAGAGGCCCGGAUGGGAUGCCGAGGUUGAAGGCGGGGAGGAGGCCGGACGGUGAAUCCGAGGAUGAGGAGGAGGAGGAUGAUGAAUGGGGAGGGUUCGAUGAAUAGUGUAUACUAGUUUGCCUAUUGCCGAGCCGUGGAUUUUAUCAGCAAUCCCUCACCCCAAAGCACCUACAACGUGGUUAAUAUAUAGUUCCCGCUAGACUGCGGCUCUGGUCUUGCCGAGCUCUCUUCGUUGCAUGCAUGCGCGCUGCGCCGAUCGUUAUUUGGCAUCAUGUCAAGACGGAAACCGUACCCGGAUACGGAGGCUUGAGG